AAAAAAAAAAAAAAACUUUUGACUACUUGACUAAAGAGGGCAUGAGAAUCAUCCUCCGUUUCAUUUCUUUUCUUCUCUUCAACAAUCACUUCCAAACUUCUAGCGUAGAGGACUUGCGUUCAAGUAUUAACAUUUGGUGGUCUCUAUAAUGAGGGAAGCUCCUUAAUCCACUUGAACAUAAAUCACUCUUCAGAACAAACUCAGCGAACGUUGUGAACCAAAAACAGAGUGUCCUUGAUGCUACUGCUAUUGUGGGUAACUACUUACAGCGAAGAUUGUGGAGAAAAAACAGAGUAACCCAGCACAGGUUGUGGAGAAAAAACAGAGUAACCCACAAAAUCACUACGGUACACAGAAGCCAAUCAAUAAGUUGAAAUGGCAACAAAGGAUUUCAAUUCAAACGACGAUGAAGCAGUCAGUAUAGAGCGUGGGAGGCUUUAUCGGGCUGCACUAAAUGGUGACUGGAAAUCUAUCAAGGACAUACAAAAAAUUCAAAGAAAAAUUACAAAGAAAGGAGAAACCACUCUUCAUAUUGCUGCUGCAGCAAACCAAGAAGAAUUUGUAAGGAAUUUAUUGAAGACGAUGAUUAAAGACAACCUAACAGCUGAAAACACUGUUGGGAAUACUGCCUUGACCUAUGCUGCUGCAACUGGAAAUGUGAAUAUUGCCAUGGCGAUGCUGGAGAAAAAUCAUCAGCUGCCAAACCUCGGUAGUGGGAUAAAGCCACUCUUUAUGGCUGCUUCCUUAGGACACGGACAAAUGACGAAUUAUCUUUAUUCUCAGACUAAAGAGAGAGUUCGCGAGUGGGAUGACAAAGAACAGGCUAAACUAUUUAUCGCAUGUGUUAAGGGUGGCUUAUAUGGAGUAGCAUUGCAAAUGCUGGAGGACAACUCUAAUUUAGCUGCCGUUGCAAACUCGGAUGGAGAAACUGCAUUGCAUGUGUUAGCUCACGAUCCUUCUGCAUUUGCUAAUGAAAUUCGACCAUGGUUGAAGUUAAAACAGGAAAACUCGAAGCAAUCUCAAGCCAAUGAACUAUUUGAAAUAUGUCUUCAAGCUUACAGAGAUGACGUUGAGAAUUUGAACGAAACCUCAGUGAUUUCACAUGUUCUGUUUGAUGCAGUAGAAGUAGGCAACACUGAGUUCUUGGUUAAACUUAUUCGUUUUGACUUUGACUUAUUAUGGAAAACAAGAAACAGUAAAAGCAUAUUUCAUAUUGCUGUUGAGAAGCGCCAUGAAAGCAUCUUCAAUAUACUUAAUGAGAUAGGCUCAAUUGGAGAUCUAAUAAUAGAUAGAAUAGAAGAAGAUGGAAGCAACAUUUUGCAUUUAGCUGCAGGAUUGGCACCUCAAGAGAAGCUUAAUGCUAUAUCAGGAGCAGCUCUUCAAAUGCAACAAGAAAUAUUAUGGUUCAAGGAGGUGGAAAAGGUUGUAAGCCCUACAUUCAAAGAAAUGAAAAAUAACAAGGGGGAUACGCCGUAUGUUUUAUUUGCGAAGAACCACGAGGAGUUAAGGAAGGAGGGCGAGAAGUGGAUGAGGAACACAGCUGAGUAUUCUAUGGUGGUUGCAAUACUAAUUGGGUUGAUAAUGUUUCCUCGAGAAAAAUCUGAUGGAUUAAAGGAUAGUCCUAAUCUUGUUCGGGUCUUUUCAGUUUCAAGUGCAAUAGCAUUAUUUUGCUCUUCAACAUCCCUAGUAAUGUUCUUAUCCAUCCUUACCUCUCGUUAUUCAUACAACGACUUUCUUGUAUGGUUACCAAUUAGGUUGAUGAUUGGAGUGGCUUCACUUUUCAUCUCAAUUGCCGCCAUGAUGGUUGCAUUUUCUGCAUCCUUUUGGUCAGAUAAUCAUAAUCAUCAGGAAUUGCCAUUGAUCUUCGUUGUCAUUGGUUUAUUUGCUUGUGUGCCAAUCAUUUGCGUGUUGCUGAAGCAUCGCCUAUUUGUUGAUAUAGUCCGAUCUACCUUCUUUCGGUUUCGGAAACAUCGACGUCUACUUUAGCAAUGGCCAAUGAAGUGCUACUUGUCAAUCUUUCUGUUGCUUUCCUUUCUACAUAUGUGAAAUGACUACGAAUAAAUUUGUAUUAUAACUCUGAAGGUAGUUAAACCCAUCUUAUCUUUUGCAUUUAA